AUGGCCGCUUCCACGAGACAGUUCGCCCGCGCGGCGCUGAGAACCUCUACCAGAACCUCCUUCGCCGUCGCUCCCCGCCAGGCCUUCCGCCAGCAGGGCCGCCGCUUCUACUCCUCCGAGCCCGCCAAGUCUGGCAGCUCCACCUGGCUUUGGCUCUCCGGUCUGGCCGUCGCCGGUGCCGGUGGCGUCUACCUCUACACCAAGGAGGGCGGCGUCUCUGCCGGCUCGACCGCCAAGGUCGUUAACCCCACCAAGGCCGACUACGAGAAGGUUUACAAGGUCAUCGCCGACCGCCUCGAGGAAAACGACCAGUACGAUGACGGCAGCUACGGCCCCGUCCUCGUCCGCCUCGCCUGGCACGCCAGCGGUACCUACGACAAGGAGACCAACACUGGCGGCAGCAACGGUGCCACCAUGCGUUUCGCCCCCGAGUCCGACCACGGUGCCAACGCUGGCCUGAAGGCUGCCCGCGACUUCCUUGAGCCUGUCAAGCAGCAAUUCCCUUGGAUCUCUUACUCUGACCUUUGGAUCCUCGGCGGUGUUGCCGCCAUCCAGGAGAUGCAGGGCCCCAUCAUCCCCUUCCGCCCCGGCCGCAAGGACGGUGAGGCCGCCGCCUGCACCCCCGAUGGCCGUCUCCCCGACGCCUCCAAGCGCGAGAAGCACCUCCGCGACAUCUUCUACCGCAUGGGUUUCAACGACCAAGAGAUUGUUGCCCUGGCCGGCGCUCACGCUCUCGGCCGUUGCCACACCGACCGCUCCGGCUUCGACGGCCCCUGGACUUUCUCUCCCACCGUCAUGACCAACGACUACUACAAGCUGCUCCUCAACGAGAAGUGGCAGUGGAAGAAGUGGGACGGUCCCGCUCAGUACGAGGACAAGAGCACCAAGUCCCUAAUGAUGCUUCCCGCCGACUACGCCCUGAUCCAGGACAAGACAUUCAAGAAGUACGUCGAGCAGUACGCCAAGGACAACGAGGCCUUCUUCAAGGACUUCUCCAACGUCAUCGUCAAGCUGUUUGAGCUUGGCGUUCCCUUUGCCCAGGGCGCUGAGGAGCGCUGGACCUUCAAGCCCACUUGGCAGAAUUAA